GAUUUCUUUAAGUUUCUCGAAUCCUCCUCUUAAUCCUAUAAAUAGUCUGCUCAUCCCUCUUCGUUUUCAUCCUGAAACCGAUCAAAAGCUUCAAUCUUUCUUCAAUAUUUAGCAAACAUGUCACUCAUUCCUAGCAUUUUUGGUGGGCGAAGAACCAACGUGUUUGAUCCCUUUUCUCUGGACAUAUGGGAUCCAUUUGAUGGGUUCUUCACCUCAGCGGUGGCCAAUGUGCCCUCUUCAGCUCGUGAAACAUCGGCAUUUGCUAAUGCAAGAAUCGACUGGAAGGAGACCCCAGAAGCUCACAUUUUCAAAGCUGAUCUUCCAGGGCUGAAAAAGGAAGAGGUGAAAGUUGAAGUUGAAGAGGGUAGAAUUCUGCAGAUAAGUGGAGAGAGAAGCAAAGAGCAAGAAGAGAAGAAUGACAAGUGGCACCGCGUAGAGAGGAGCAGCGGGAAGUUCCUGAGGAGGUUUAGGUUGCCGGAGGAUGCAAAGAUGGAGCAAGUGAAAGCUAGCAUGGAGGAUGGAGUGCUCACUGUCACUGUUCCUAAGGAGGAGGAGAAGAAGCCUCAAGCUAAGGCCAUUGAAAUCUCUGGCUAAAGUAAAUAAAAAUGCCUGUUCAGAUGCAAACCAUGAGUUUGUUUGCUUGCUUGUUUGUUUGUUUGUUUGUUUUGGAGUGAUAUCUCUGUGUGAGUACUGAGUGAUUGCAAGAAGCUUAAAAGCAAGUUUUUCAAAUAAUGAAUUUGUGUGAUUUUAAAUAA